UAAACAAGAGAGCGCGUGGUGGAGUUGGCAGGACCGCCCAGUCUUACGUAAAGGACUGUUGACCUGCAGCAGAGCAGAGUUCCCUGAGCUCAGAGGUGAACAACAUGUCUGGGGUAGAAGCUCCAGCAGCUGCAGGUGCAGCCGAGGACAAGGUCCGAUCCCUGGUUCUGACCGGGUACGGGGGCUACGACAAGGUGAAGCUGCAGGUGAAGCCGCAGAACAAAGUUCAGCUGAAGUCCGGGGAGGUGCUGCUGCGGGUCAAGGCGUGUGGCCUGAACUUCGCUGAGCUGAUGGGCAGGCAGGGUCUGUAUGAUCCCCUCCCUGCCCCGCCGGUCACCAUGGGGAUGGAGGGAGCGGGAGUGAUAGAAGCUGUGGCAGAUGACGUGAAAGACAGGAAAGUAGGAGACCGCGUCAUCGCGUUGGUUCGCAGCGGCCUGUGGCAGAACUUGGUUGUCGUGCCCGCCGUCCGCACUACCGUCAUGCCGGACGAGAUGAGCUUCGAGGAAGGAGCAGCUCUGCCGAUUAGCUACGUGACUGCCUACCUGAUGCUGUUUGAGAUGGCCAACCUGAAGCCGGGCAAUAGUGUCCUUGUCCACAUGGCCGCAGGCGGCGUGGGCAUCGCUGCCACCCAGCUGUGUCACACCGUGCCAGACGUGAUUGUUUUUGGCACGGCAUCGUCGUCAAAGCACGAGACCAUUGCCCGGGGCGGAGUCACUCACCCCAUUGACUACAGAACCAGAGACUACGCUGAUGAAAUCAGAAAAAUUAGCCCGAAGGGUGUGGACAUUGUCCUGGACCCACUUGGGGGCGCUGACACCCAGAAGUCCUUUAAUCUGUUAAAACCUCUUGGAAGCCUAAUAGUCUUUGGUGCAGCCAACGGCGUGACAGGUCAAAAGAGGAACCUGAUGGCCCUGGCAAAACUCUGGUACAACCAGAUGUCUCUCACUGCCUUGAAGCUGAUGCAGACCAAUAAGACCAUCGGCGGCUUUCACCUGGGCUACAUCACUGAUGAUGACAUCAUCAACCGCACUCUGGUGGAGCUGCUGGAGUUUUACAAGCAGGGAAAGAUUAAGCCGUGCAUCGACUCAUGCUAUCACUUUGAGGAGGUCACCGAUGCAAUGAAACGCAUGCAUGAACGCCAAAAUAUUGGGAAAGUCCUCCUCCUUCCAUCACCCAAGAGGGAGGAAGAGAGACAAUGGUCCAAAGCUAAAGCCUGAAGGCAGCAGGAGAUAACAUUAUGUUGCCAAGGAGACCAGAGAGGAGGCCCUGCAGGACGAAAAAAAAAACAAUGGCUCAAACUAUCACAGCUUAGUUAAUAUCAUAAUUAAGUUUGUUCAUUAAUUAGAUAAAAAAUGUUUUUUGAUGAAAAUAAAUGAAAGAAAAACAUAGUAGGAGUGUGACACG